AUGGCUGAGAAAGGAGUCACUGAGGUGUUGGAAAGUGGAAACAGAGGAUUUACACAAGAGUAUGGGAUUGAAUAUGAGGAAACAUUUGCUUAUGUUGCUCGUCUUACUUCAGUUCGCAAUUUAUUAGCAGUUGCUGCUGCUCGCCAUUGGAGUCUUUAUCAGAUGGAUGCCAAGUAUAUCUCUAAUCUCUUGACUCGUGCUGGUCUUACUGAUUGCAAGACUACUACUACUCCAGUUGAUCCUCAGACUCGUCUCACACCUCUUGAGGGUCACCUAUUAUCUAAUGCUACUUUAUAUUGUCAGCUAAUUGGCAAUCUUGUCUAUCUCUCGAUUACUUGUCCAGACAUUGCCUAUGUUGUUCACAUUUUACAUGCAUUUUCUGAUGCAGAUUGGGCCGGGGAUCCUACUGACCGCCGCUCUACUAUAGGAUUCUGCUUCUUCUUAGGUGAUUCUCUCAUUGCUUGGCGUAGCAAGAAGCAAACUCUUGUUGCUUGUUCUAGUACUGAGGCUGAGUAUCAUGCUCUUGUGGAUACUACUCAAGAGCUUACAUAUACCAAUGACAACGAAACAAAUGCUAUCAAAACUAAUAAUAAUAACAAAAUUACUGAAUUGCUUGAUGGCUGGAAGCUCUCUAUAAUGAAGCCAAAUGCACUGCAGGGUGUGGCUGCUUUAAUAAGAAUCUGA